CGCAUGAAACCGCCCCCUUUAAGCUGCUAGACUUUGCCCCCUUUUUUCUGGGAUGCGAGAAGCGCUUGUGAAACACCUGUCAGCGACUGAGAACCCCCCAAAAACCACAUCGAGGAUAAGGUUAUGACGGACGGGACUAGAUUUUCCUCAUGAAUCACUCCGCCGUGGCUUAAAGUUGCAGCUCUUCUUCGACGCGGUUUUUUAUUUUUUAUUUUUUUUUUGGUCAUGACUUCGCCGCUGUUUCUGGGUCACCUGGCCGGGGUUCCGUUAGAGAUCAUGAACCCCGCCAGCGACAAGGACACCACCUACACGAAGAUAUUUGUGGGGGGCCUGCCGUACCACACCGACGACGCGUCUCUGCGGAAAUAUUUCGAGAGUUUCGGGGACAUCGACGAGGCGGUGGUGAUCAUCGACAAGCAGACCGGCAAGUCCCGAGGAUACGGCUUCGUGACCAUGGUGGACAGAGCGGCAGCAGAGCAGGCGUGCAAAGACGCCAACCCCAUUAUCGACGGCAGGAAAGCCAAUGUAAACCUGGCCUAUUUAGGAGCCAAACCUCGCAGCACACCGACUGCUCUCUCUGUUGGAGUUCAGCAAGUCCAGCCGUCCUGGGCUCAGAGGCAGUACGGGCUGAUCCAGCAGUACGUCAUCCCUCAAACUUUCCUCCAGCCCAGUCUGGUUCUGCAGUCCCAGCUGGGUCCAGCAGUGGCAGCACUGGCCUCCCCUUACCUGGACUACAGCUCUGCCUACAGCCACUACACCCCCACUGGACUGGAGCAGUACACCUGCACCCCCUCACCAUCACCUUCUGGUGGCUACCUCGGCUACAGUUACUCCCCAGGAUGCGCAGCGCCCGCUCUGACCACGUCGCCAACCCCCCCAACCGCCCUCCAUCCUCCUCUUGCUGCUCUGACCACUGCGUCGGUCACGCCACCACACGCCUUCUUCCACUACCCUCUCCACUCCCCCGAUCGCCUGCAGUGAUUGAUGAGUCAAAGCAGCGUGACCUCCUGACCUGUGACAUCAUCAAGAUGAGACAGGAUAAAGAGAUAUCAUCAAAGGGCUUGAGGCGGGAACAUUGUUUUUUAUGUUGGUCAACUCCACGUUCUACUGGUUUCUCAGUGUUUGAUGUGAAUGUUCUCUGGAGUUGAUGUUCAACCGUCACGGCUGGAAGCGUUGUGACUCAUGGACACGAAGAGACAAUGUGUUUGACAUGAUGCUGCUGCAGCACUUUUCUUUUUUAGAGGCACUGAGGCCUGUAGGUUUGCCAAGGAAAGACAGCGCUCCACUCCUUUUCCCUUCAAGAUCUCAGUUCCAUGUGGACGUGAAAUGUCCACAUCUGGUGUUGGAACUCUAACAUCAUGCUGCCUUUUUUGUUACGUUGAUAAUCAGAGAAGUGGAGCGUCGAUAAGAGACACUUUGUAUGGUCACAUUCCAAAUUUAAAAUGCUCCAAAAGCUGUUUUUUCUUCUCUUUUAUUUUUAUGUUAUUUUUUUAUUUAACAAAUGAAGAGGUAGGACAGCAAAUCUCCAACAGUCCACUGUUAACUUUCUGUACCUUACAAUUGCAUGAAGAUCACAAGUGGUUGUAAAGAUAACUCUAUUUAUUUUAAUUUGUCUGCCUCAUCGUGUGAGAGGUUUUGCUUGUGGAGUCUGUGCACUCCACAGAUAAACCUGAAGGUAAUCCGUACUGAAAAAUCCCCAUCGGAGGGAGAAGAAGACUACAAUUUCAACUGAAAAAAACAAAUCUAAAUACAGAGACAACCUGAUAUAUGGACCGGGUAUUAAUCGUCAAUAAAAAUGGAGAAAAAAAACCCAAAAAGUAAGUAAUUCACCUGAUUUUCUUUACUAUUAUUUUCAAGAAUAAACCAAUUUGGAAGUACUUCUCCCUUUUAUUUAACCAAAUUCACUAAGGGAGGAUCUGGAACAGCCUUUGAUUCUGAUCAAAGCAGUUCACUUUGCUAGGAGAAGAAGAAACAUGUUCUUAUAGUUCUACAGUUAUACAGCGAAAGAUUUAAAGUUCGAUUGAUCAGGUUCGACUUGUUCCUACAUAUCAUGUCAAAUGUGGAAUUGCUGCUGAAUGUGUGUGUGUGAGACACAUGCUGUCGCUCUGUGUGAGAGACAGCGAGAGAUUUAUGGACACAGUUGACAUCCGUGUCAGGACCAAGCUCGUCCUGCAGUCUAUUGUGCCCCUCAGACUCGUGUCUUUGUUUAUCUCAGCUGCAGAACAAGAAGCUGAGGCAAAGAGGCUCUCGGUUGGUGUCUUAAAACUAAGCCAUAUGCCAACGUACGAUAUGCAAAGUGAAGUUUAAUAAAAAAAUGUU